AUGUUUAUGUUUUCUUCAUUUUACGCUAAUGAAGAUGCUGCCCCUCGUGCUGGCAAGUACCCAAAAAACUGCAAAGAAGUCCAAGACCAGGGCAACAACGUAUCCGACUUUUACCUAAUUCAACCCGGAACCUCCCCCGAACCCUUCGUAGCUUUAUGCGACAUGAAAACCCGAGGAGGUGGCUGGGCCUACAUUUUGAACAGAUACGACGGAUCCCAAGACUUCUACAUGGGCUGGGAUAGUUACAAAGAAGGAUUCGGUCACAUCGGAGGAGAGUUCUGGCUGGGUUUGGAAAACAUCCACCAACUAACAGGCUACGAAAUCAACGAGCUCCUUAUCGAAAUCGUCGACUGGGACGACGUCCAGAAAUUCGCCCUUUACAACGCCUUCAGCGUCGGCCACGAGAAGAGCGGCUAUGCCUUAAAGCUGGUCGCGGGCUACAUGGGUGACGCUUGGGACUGCAUGGUCCGGGAAGCUGGGAUGAAAUUUACCACCGACGACAAAGACCAGGACCAGAAUAAGGACGGAAAUUGCGCCCUGUCGUCCAACUCGGGGUGGUGGUUCCGGAACUGCAAGUGGGCUCAUCUCACUGGGAAGUACUUCCCGUCGAGUGACGCGGGGUCUGAGUAUGCGAAGUCCAUGCAUUGGCGGGAGUGGCAUGGGGAGCGGUACAGCCUCAAGCAGGCGAGGAUGAUGGUCAGGCCGCGGCGAGAAGGGCAUGCGAGGCUGUUUCCGUCGUCCAAAUUUUUAAAUGCAGAUGAAGAAGCUUAA